AAGAUGAGGGAGAUCGUCCACCUUCAGGCCGGGCAGUGCGGGAACCAGAUCGGGACCAAGUUUUGGGAGGUGAUAAGUGAUGAACACGGUAUUGAUCCGUCAGGAUGUUUUGUUGGAGAUUCGUCUCUUCAACUCGACCGAAUCAACGUUUACUACAACGAGGCUUCCUCACAUAAAUACGUCCCCCGCGCUGUGCUGGUGGAUCUGGAACCAGGAACCAUGGACAGCGUUCGCUCCGGAGCCUUCGGACAACUCUUCAGACCGGACAACUUCAUCUUCGGUCAUACGGGGGCGGGGAAUAAUUGGGCCAAAGGUCACUACACGGAGGGGGCGGAGCUAGUGGACUCAGUGCUGGACAUCGUGAGGAAAGAGAGCGAGAGCUGUGAUUGUUUACAGGGCUUCCAGCUAACCCAUUCCCUGGGGGGGGGCACGGGGUCGGGGAUGGGAACGCUGCUGAUCAGUAAAAUCAGGGAGGAGUAUCCGGACCGGAUCAUGAACACCUUCAGCGUCAUGCCCUCACCCAAGGUGUCUGACACGGUGGUGGAGCCCUACAACGCCACGCUCUCUGUGCACCAGCUGGUGGAAAACACGGACGAGACGUACUGCAUCGACAACGAGGCGCUGUACGACAUCUGCUUCCGGACGCUAAAGCUAACGACGCCGACUUACGGAGAUUUGAACCACUUAGUUUCCGCGACGAUGAGCGGAGUGACGACUUCGUUAAGAUUUCCCGGCCAAUUGAACGCCGACCUACGAAAACUAGCCGUGAACAUGGUGCCGUUUCCCAGAAUGCACUUCUUCAUGCCGGGUUUCGCGCCGCUAACGUCUCGCGGGAGCCAGCAGUACCGAGCGCUAACGGUCCCUGAACUCACCGCGCAGAUGUUUGAUGCCAGAAACAUGAUGGCGGCGUGCGAUCCGAGGCACGGGAGAUAUCUGACGGUGGCGGCCAUCUUUAGAGGGAAGAUGUCCAUGAAGGAGGUCGACGAGCAGAUGCUGAACAUCCAGAACAAAAACAGCAGCCUCUUCGUGGAGUGGAUCCCCAACAACGUCAAGGUGGCCGUGUGCGACAUCGCGCCUCGAGGACUCAAAAUGGCGUCCACGUUCAUCGGGAACAGCACAGCGAUCCAGGAGCUCUUCAAGAGGAUUUCUGAGCAGUUUUCGGCGAUGUUUCGCAGGAAAGCGUUCCUUCACUGGUUCACCGGGGAGGGGAUGGACGAGAUGGAGUUCACGGAGGCCGAGAGCAACAUGAACGACCUGGUGGCCGAAUACCAACAAUAUCAAGAGGCCAACAUCAGCGAGGAGGAGCACGACUUCCACAGCGAGGAGGAGGAGGAGGAGAACCACGAGGAAGACAGCUGGCACGCAGAGCGGGAGUUUGACGAGCCAAUCAGAGAGCAGGAGGACGGUUUUAGUCCAAUCAACUGACGGCAGAGGCGGACAUGUCAACAACUAAAUGUUUUUCUGGUUUCAUGAAGAGUUUUUGAUGAUUUUGAAUGAAAAGUAGGAUUAUUAGGUAGGUUAUUUCCACUUUCCACUUCGAACGCUUUAUCUCUCG